AUGGCCGACAUAAUAACCCAGCUCUAUGAGAUCCCCACCUUCUCCUUCCAGGAUGGGACCACUCUACCUUUGGCCCGCCUGGCCUAUCUGGACCUAAACCCAGGUGCGUCGAAAACUGCCCUGAUCAUCACCUGUUUCCGCGGCCGUCUAAAGUCCACCCCGACCUUUGCGGAUGGCGCGCUCCGAGAUCACAGGAUCAUCGUCGUGGCGCUCUUCGGAAACGGCGAAUCGUCGAGCCCCUCCAAUACCCCGGGUUUCCCGAGCGUCAUCAACUACCGCGACUGUGUCCGCGCCCAGCAUGAGCUCCUCAUUGCCCACAAGGUCCAGUCGCUCAACGUCGUCGUCGGCUUCUCCAUGGGCGGCCAGUGUGCCUACCACUGGACCCUGAUGUACCCGGACCUCGUCCAGAGCGCUGUCGUGAUCUGCUCAUCGGCACGGACCGGCCCGCACAACUACCAGUUCCUCGAAGGGCCCAAGGCGGCGCUGCAGAAUGCCGUCGACUACAUCGACAAGGGCCGCGCCCCACCGCCGGCAACGGGCAUUUCCCGGGGUGUUCAUGCCUUCGGCAAGGCCUACUCCGCCUGGCUGACGAGCGCCGAGUGGUUCGACCAGCAGGCAUACAGGUCUCUCGGGUACGCGGCCCUCGGAGACUGGGACUGCGACGUGACGGGAGUGAACUAUGCCGGGUGGGAUCCUGACGACCUGCUUGCCAUGCUGCAUAUGUGGCAGAGCGGCGACGUCAGCACCUUGGUAGAUAACGAGGGAGGCAGCGAGGGUGGCGAGGGGUCGUUGGAGAGCGCACUCUCCCGGAUCAGGGCGCGCGUGCUGCUGAUGCCGUGCCAGACGGACCAGUAUUUCCGCUGGGAGGCUAGCAAGAGGGAAGCCGGCUUUAUCCCGGCGGCGACGCUGAAGGUCAUUCCGUCUGUCUGGGGCCACCUAGCGGGGUCUGGCGUUAACAAGGCCGAUGCGGAGUGGUUGGAUCAAGCUAUCACCGAGUUCUUUGCAAAGUAG